AAAAUCUUUAAAUUAAAAAAAAAAAAAAAAAAGGAAAUACCAGGGACAUCGGGGAAUGAAAGUUUUGUGUAGCUAAGCUGCUCUCUGCCUUUUUUUUUUUUUUUUUUUUCUUUUUUUAUAUGCAUAUGAAAUCUUUUUGCGGGUAAUUUUUUUUGUUUUUUUUUUUUUUUUUUUUUUUUUUUUUUUUAAUUUCGCGGUUUUCUGCCUUUUCCUUGCAUCCAAAGAGGGCAUGCCCACCGGCUGUUCCAGCAGCAUCUACCCUCCAACUCCCACCAGGAAGACAAACAGAGGACAAUCUUGAAAUACAAAAAUUUCCUCCUUGGAAUUUGCUACUGCUGCUGUCUCCGCCGCCACUGCUGCUGCCGCGGUGCAGUGCCAAGACUCUCGGAAUAAAUAAAAGAGGGCUACAGUGUGUGUCUCUAGCUACAGCCGGCUAAUAGCUAUUUUAGUUGGCCGGCGCAUCUCGAAGAUCACAGAUGAAGCGGGGACGCCUGUCUUCUUCGUUGGCUCAGCGUGUGAAACAAUAAUCCCCGUAACAAAAAGGAGGGAGAUGGGGGAGAAAAAAAAUCCUAACAUGAAUCAGAAGAAAUAGUAUCUAGCACCCCCCAGCCCCCCCAAACCAACCUCUCCCCCUCCCCUUCCCCCGAUCCCCCUCUCUCUCUCUCUCUCUCUCUCUGCACACGCUUGCAGGCGCGGGCACGCGCGCGCGCGCACACACAGACAUACAGACGCGCGCACCCAGACACACAGACACGCACACACACUGUACUGUGUAUUUUCGGAGGAGGAGGUGGCUUUUGGAAGAGGAGGCAGCGGUGGUGUCGGGGAGGGGGGAAUCUCUUUCCCCGUCUGGAGAUGGUUGUGCUAUUCCUCUUUGCCUCGCUCUGGAUGCUGGAGGGGGCUUUUUGCCAGCUCCAUUACACGGUGCAGGAAGAGCAGGAGCAUGGCACGUUCGUGGGGAAUAUCGCCGAGGACCUGGGCUUGGACAUUACAAAACUUUCGGCUCGGCGCUUCCAGACGGCGCCCAACUCCCGCAGCCCUUACCUGGAGCUUAACCUAGAGACCGGGGUGCUCUACGUGAACGAGAAGAUCGACCGCGAGCAGAUCUGCAAGCAGAGCCCCUCCUGCCUGCUGCACCUGGAGGUCUUCCUGGAGAACCCCCUGGAGCUGUUCCGCGUGGAGAUCGAGGUGCUGGACAUCAACGACAACCCGCCCUCCUUCCCGGAGCCCGACCUGACCGUGGAGAUCUCGGAGAGCGCCACGCCGGGCACCCGCUUCCCGCUGGAGAGCGCCUUCGACCCCGACGUGGGCACCAACUCGCUGCGCACCUACGAGAUCACCCCCAACAGCUACUUCUCCCUCGACGUGCAGACCCAGGGCGACGGGAACCGCUUCGCCGAGCUGGUGCUGGACCAGCCGCUGGACCGGGAGCAGCAGGCGGUGCACCGCUACGUGCUGACGGCGGUGGACGGCGGGCAGCCCCAGCAGCGCACCGGCACCGCCCUGCUCACCGUCAGGGUGCUGGACUCCAACGACAACGUGCCCGCCUUCGAGCAGCCCGUGUACACCGUGUCGCUGCCGGAGAACUCGCCGCCGGGCACGCUGGUGCUGCAGCUGAACGCCACGGACCCCGACGAGGGGCAGAACGGCGAGAUCAUCUACUCCUUCAGCAGCCACAUCUCGGCCCGCGCCCGGGAGCUCUUCGGCAUCGCGCCGCGCACCGGGCGCCUGGAGGUGAGCGGCGAGCUGGACUACGAGGAGAGCAGCGUGUACCAGGUGUACGUGCAAGCCAAGGACCUGGGGCCCAACGCCGUGCCCGCGCACUGCAAGGUGCUGGUGCGGGUGCUGGACGCCAACGACAACGCGCCCGAGAUCAGCUUCUCCACCGUGAAGGAGGCGGUGAGCGAGGCGGCGGCGCCGGGCACCGUGGUGGCCCUGUUCAGCGUGUCGGACCGCGACUCGGAGGAGAACGGGCAGGUGCAGUGCGAGCUGCUGCAGGGCGACGCGCCCUUCCGCCUCAAGAGCUCCUUCAAGAACUACUACACCAUCGUCACCGAGGGGCCGCUGGACCGCGAGCAGCCGGGCGGCGACGCCUACACGCUGACCGUGGUGGCCCGGGACCGCGGCGAGCCGCCGCUCAGCACGAGCAAGUCCAUCCAGGUGCGGGUGAGCGACGUGAACGACAACGCGCCGCGCUUCAGCCAGCCCGUGUACCAGGUGUACGUGAGCGAGAACAACGUGCCCGGCGCCUACAUCUACGCCGUGAGCGCCACCGACCGCGACCAGGGCGCCAACGCCCGCCUCGCCUACUCCAUCCUGGAGAGCCAGAUCCAGGGCAUGUCCGUCUUCACCUACGUCUCCAUCAACUCCGAGAACGGCUUCCUCUACGCCCUGCGCUCCUUCGACUACGAGCAGCUCAAAGAGUUCAGCUUCCAGGUGGAGGCCCGCGACGCGGGCGAGGAGCCGCAGCCGCUGGCCGGCAACGCCACCGUGCACAUCAUCGUGGUGGACCAGAACGACAACGCGCCCGCCAUCGUCAGCCCCGUGCCCGGCCGCAACGGGACCCCGGCGCGGGAGGCGCUGCCCCGCGGCGCCGAGCCGGGAUACCUGGUCAGCCGGGUGGCGGCCGUGGACGCUGACGACGGCGAGAACGCCCGCCUCACCUACAGCAUCGCGCGGGGCAACGAGGCCGGGCUCUUCCGCAUGGACUGGCGCUCCGGGGAGCUGCGCACGGCGCGCAGGGUGCCGGCCAAGCGCGACCCGCAGCGCCCCUACGAGCUGGUGAUCGAGGUGCGCGACCACGGGCAGCCGCCGCUCUCCUCCACGGCCGCCGUGCAGGUGGUGCUGGUGGACGGCGCGGGAGAGCGCUCCGGGGGCGGCGGCGGCGCGGCCGCAGGCACCGGCGCGGGGGGAGGCUCCGGGGGCUCCGGCGAGCAUCGCCCCAGCCGCUCCGGCGGGGAUAACUCGCUGGACCUCACGCUCAUCCUCAUCAUCGCCCUGGGCUCCGUCUCCUUCAUCUUCCUGCUGGCCAUGAUCGUGCUGGCGGUGCGCUGCCAGAAGGAGAAGAAGCUCAAUAUCUACACCUGCCUGGCCAGCGACUGCUGCCUGGGCUGCUGCUGCUGCUGCCCCUGCUGCAGCCGGCAGGCGCGGGCCCGCAAGAAGAAGCUCAGCAAGUCGGACAUCAUGCUGGUGCAGAGCUCCAACGUGCCCAGCAACCCCGCGCAGGUGCCGGUGGAGGAGUCGGGCAGCUUCGGCUCGCACCACCACAACCAGAACUACUGCUACCAAGUCUGCCUCACCCCCGAGUCCGCCAAGACCGACCUGAUGUUCCUCAAGCCCUGCAGCCCCUCUCGCAGCACCGACGCCGAGCACAACCCCUGCGGGGCCAUCGUCACCGGCUACGCCGACCAGCAGCCCGACAUCAUCUCCAACGGGAGCAUUUUGUCCAGCGAGACCAAGCAUCAGCGUGCUGAGCUCAGUUAUCUAGUUGACAGACCCCGACGAGUAAACAGCUCUGCAUUCCAGGAAGCAGACAUAGUGAGCUCUAAGGACAGUGGUCAUGGAGACAGUGAGCAAGGAGACAGUGAUCAUGAUGCCACUAAUCGAGGUCAAUCCUCUGGCAUGGAUCUCUUCUCCAACUGCACAGAGGAAUGUAAAGCACUGGGCCACUCGGAUCGGUGCUGGAUGCCUUCCUUUGUUCCAUCCGAUGGACGCCAAGCUGCGGAUUACCGCAGCAAUCUGCACGUACCUGGCAUGGACUCCGUUCCAGACACUGAAGUGUUUGAAACACCAGAAGCCCAGCCCGGGGCAGAAAGGUCCUUCUCCACCUUUGGCAAAGAGAAGGCCCUUCACAACAGUCUGGAGAGGAAGGAGUUCGAUGGACUGCUGUCUAAUACACGAGCGCCUUACAAACCACCAUAUUUGACACUUGCCAUCUCUGGAUCUCAAAGUGGAUUAUAAAGAAUAGUGAUUUAAACCUUCCUGCACCUCUAGGAGAUAGCACGGAAAAGGAUAUGCUAGUCACUUCUACAGGACUUACCUGAAGCAGCAUGAUUUGCACAAAAGAAAGUCGACCAACAAAAAGCAUCAGCUUUCAACUUCAUUAUCUUGGCCAUCCAGUUCUGUGUAACUGAAGGAUUUGUGUGCUGUUGGAGACAUCCUGGCCAACCAUAGGACCUAAUUGCUCUCAGCAGGCCUGAGAAAUGAGUUGAAAUGUGUAGAACUGUAGAAACUUCAGAGGCAACUGAUCUUGCCUCUCUGAUCAGUGUGUGCCUGUUUACAGCACUAUAUAUCUUUCUCUCUCCAAAAUGUCACUGAGCCCUUUAGAUGUUUAUAUUCACCACAAAAAGCCAAUCGUACAGAUAAAAGAGAUGUGCAUUAUAAAUGCAAUAUCACUGUUUUAAACUUGACUGUUUUAUAUUAUUUUUGUGUGAUCAAGUGUUCCCCAAACUAUUCCAACUUUACAAGAGAGAUUGUGAUCAUGUUCUUUUCACCUGUGGGUUGUAAAAAUGUUGUUAAUCUGAAGACCCACAAAAUUAUCAAAGACAUUUCUGUAGUUUAUACACCGUGUUGCAAAGUGUUUACUGUACUAUUUCAAAGCUUCUAAAUAAAUAUAAAAUAUAUAUAUAUUAUAUUAUAUAUAAUUUUCCGAAAAGCGUGGUACAACUUAGUUGAUUUUUAAAUGGAUUCAUACAGUCUACACCAUCCACUAAAGCGAGAAGAUAAUUCAGGGUUCCUAAGCUAUCCUUGCUAAAAACAAAAAUAAAAUAAACCUUUAAUAGUACUUCCCCAAAAUUCGUAUUUUGGUCGAUCCUGUUUUUCUUGUUUGAAAAAAAAAAAAAAGCUGUAAGCAACAACAUUUUGUCUAAAAAGUCGUGAGGAAUUUUCAAUGCCAAAGAUGCAGCUGUCAAUAUUUCCCCAAUGAGCGCUAUGUACUAUCAGAGGUAUAAACCACUCUCCAUUACUUUGGUUAUGUUUCUAUGGUUUUUAAUUUGGAAUCACAAAAUCUUUUAUAAGGCUCUAUAAAUUCACCUGUAUAUGUUGUUAAAAAAGAACACUGGGUGUCUGUACAUUUUGCAAUGUAAGAUAUAAUGUAAGUGAAGUUAAGUAUUUUAAGAAAAUCAUCCCAAGCUCAUAAAUAUGUAUACAUACAUACAUAAAUACAUACACACACACAAAAAAAAAAACCACCCACACAUCUCUCUUUAACAUAGUUUUGUGAAACUAUACAAAUAUAUUGCCUAAAAAUAUUUCUCUUGUGGCUAGGAAUAGUUGUUGAUAGAAUUCAAAUUACAAAGGCAAAGUGUAUGCCAGAAGACUCUUUUGUCACAAAGGAGAUUUCCAAUUAGGAACAUGGCACAUUCUCAGCUGACCCCUGUCCCAUGGGAGUUCAAAUGGUGUUGGCCACCAUCUUUGUCGGGAAAAGGAUUAAGCCCUUGCAUAUAAUCUUUAUGUUCUGUAAUAAUUCUGUGGUCUGAAACGGUAUCUUAGAGCGUUUCUUUUCUAUGAAAUAUUGAAAAAAGUAAAAUUUCGAAGGUAAAGUUUAAAACUACUUUCAUGUCCAUGGAGUUUAAGUACCAUUUACUAAAUGUAAAAAUCUAGUAAAAUUUUUUCUUUUUUUUUUUUUGUGCUGUGAUUUUUUUUCCUUUACUGUACCUUAAUACAUCAAAUAAUGAAAGCAAAUGAGAGCACACCUUGUUGUCAGCCAAUGCCUAGCCAAAUUCAAACCAAUUCCAUCUGAUGGUUCAAUAUUAAGUAAAACAAGAGCAAAUGUUUCAUUGGUUGCAGUGGGAUCUGGAUCAUGCCAUUAUUUUGGAAUUCUGCCAUGGGAUGAAUGUGUGAGAGGUCGCUGCUAUGUCAUAAUAGAAUUUGGGUUUCUUAUUUUUGUUUGUGGGUUCUGGGGUUAUUUUGUUCUCUGUAAUGGUAGUUUCUAUUAGAUAGGAGUAUAUAAAUCACCUGUAUGAAAGCCAUCUUGCUGUGGAUCCAAAUAUACACAGGGAAUCCAACAUUCCUGAUCAAAUUCCAUGAGUUCUUUGUACAGCUAGUGGACCCUACCAUUAUUAAUUUCAUAUUCCAAACAAAAUAAUAUGCUCAUUAAACACUUUAAUGUGCACACCUAGCAUGAUCGUAUAAUGACAGAUUGUUUCAUGAGAUCCUUUUAAAAAUGUAUGUUAUAAAAAACCUAAUUCAAAAAUCCCUCAAACCACUUCAACAGCUAUUGAUUUGAGCAAAUACAACAGUGAAAUGUUCCUCCUGCUCUAGGUAGCAGACCUUUUAGUUGCCUACAGCCUUCAUUUAUUUUAUGAAGAAAAGCAAUGGAAUUUGUGACAAAUAUUUCAUUUAAAGGAGAAUUCUAGAUUCUUGUUUCUGCUUUUAAAGCAAGAAAGUUCUUGCCAUUCUGAAACCCGUUUCUAAUUAGGUUUUUAAUACAGACAUAUAUUGUAAUUUAUGGUUGUUUUUUUGGUCUUUGUGAGGGAAAGGAAAUUAUUUUACUUUCUGUUUCAUGGACAGCCAAAAUGUUUCUAUUUUAUGAAACUCCCUUCACAUUUUGCACGCCAUUUUUUUCUGAAAAAAUUAUUAACCAUAUCAUGUCCUGACAUUCAUUUCCAAAACCGAACUCUUUCCAUCAAGUGUGAUAUAUGUACAGAUUUAUUGAUCUUUUUUAUUUGUAUUUUAUGUUAAAUACCAUUGGCAUUGGCCCAUAUAUACACAGAAAUCCUUGUGAGUUCACUGGGAUGAACUCAGUUCAUCCUAGAGAGGUCCUAGAGGGAGUCAUGGUAGGAUGCAGAAGCAUCAAGGAAAAGGAAGAACUGAAGUGCUGCUGAGCUUUUGAGAUGCGCUGUUUCUUUGUUUUAGUUGGCAGCUGGCCACCUGCCUUUGAAAUUGCCUUGUUCAGCAUCUCCCAAAUAUUCCAUGGCACUGCUGGGAGCAGGGACAGGUCUGUGAAUGCCUUCAGAGCUCUCUCAGUGUGUGUGUGCCUCCUCCUCUGAUGCAAAUAUUGAAGGACUCUCAUUGUAUAUUGGACCCAACAGUGAAUUAAAAAUAAUCAGGAAAUUUUUAGGUUGGGUAUUAAGGGGAAAGAUUGGUGCCCAUAAAACUGAGAUGAAGAAAGUUUGGGAAUCUCCUUCAUUGUAGGUUUUCAAGGACAGUGCAAAAAAAAAAAAAAAAAAAAAACCACACCUGUAAGGGAUGAUCUAAGUGUACUUAAAGUUGCCUCAGAGAAAAAGCACAGAGAAAGCUCUCAGUCCUGGUGAUCUGUAAUGCUCCUGGUGGGGCAUGCUGAGCUUUGGAGGGGUUAAUCUGUGCACAGCUGUAGGGAUAAGAAUGUUCUAUCCUUCAAUUAGUUGUUUGAAGCAAUAUUUAAUGUCUCAAUUUACCAUUUAUGAGCAUAAUAGAACAAGCUGCCUGUGAGAAUAAUUGUCUUUGGAGUAAAUUAGAGUUCAAGCAGAGAAGACAGGGUCUUAUAAAAGAUAACAAUAUAGAAUCAGGUCUGUGAAUCUUUUUUUUUUUUCUUUCUUAAACUCCUGAUUCAGAUAUGUAGCAAUAGAUUUCCAAGCAGCUUGCCUAUCAAAAUUCUUCAAAAUCAAACUUCAGUUUCUUGCAAAACUUAGAAAUACUAAAACAUUUCACUACUUGAAAUAGAAUUCCAAUUUUUUAAAGCAAGUUUUUGCUAACAUGCCUCCUAUUGAGGGACGCUAUUUCCAUGAACAUAUUCUUAAAUUUCUGGAACAAGGUGUAGUAAUUUUAAGUAGUUAUUUCUUUUUCAUUAAUGUUGUUGCAAAAUUAGGUGAAGUUAAAUACACAGAUGAAUACAAUUUGUAAAGAUUCCUGCAUUAUAGCCUCUAUAUAGUUGUGGGGGAGCUACAUGUGUGUGUAUGUGUGUGUGUGUGUAACUAUAGUUCAAAUUCUGGGAAGUUGCCAUGACAUUUUUUUUCUUACAACUCCUAUCAGUAAAUGUAAACAAAAGGGAAGAAACACAUGUUAGGGUACUACAAAACAAGACUUGUUCCUUAGUGUAGAAUGGAGUUUUGCAUUCAAUAAUUAAAUUCAGCCCCUUCUUCAUGUGUUAAACCCACAAUCAAGCACACAACUCAUUUUUAUUUUGACCUCCAAAAUGUUACCUGCUCAAAGAAGGUUUUUUUUUUUUUUCAUUCUUUUUUUAAAGUAAUAUCAUUCCUCAGGGUAAAGGGUGGAUAAAUAGAUAGUCUUCCUAGGCUGAUAAAUUGCAAUUGCAAUUUUGCAAGGCUGUUAAAUAUUUGUGUGUCUUACCUGGAGAAAGGCGAUCGUAACCUGCCACUGUUCCAUGUUCUUCUAGUCUCAAGUUUUAUGGCAUUUGGACUUGUGAAUUAAAACCUAUACAAAAGUAUAGGGGCCAAAAUAAGCAUUUUUGAUAUACAUUUAGGUAUUGCAAUUUGACUGCAAAAAAUUGGCAUCAGAUGUCUAUAAAGAGUAGAAAGUUGUUUAUUCUGUUCUGUUUGCAGUAAUGUAAAAGACAGCCAGCAGGACUUUAUUAUAAUAUUGUGCAAUGAUAAAUUCUGAAACUGUGAGUCAAAUCCUUUGCACUGAUCCCUACAAUCAUAGAGCAGAUUCUUCAUAAAGAGCUCCUUCAUUUUAUUUUGUCUCAAAGAAAUGGAUAUAUAUAUAUAUAUAUAUAUACAAACAAAUAUACACACGCAUUACAAUCCAUUGUUGAGCAUCUGUGUUUUUGUAGAUAUCCUCAUAUGUAAGAAAUAAGCAAGAACUAACUUGGACAGAUUUCUUGAACUGAAAUUGUUUUUGAAUUUGAAUUUGUUAAUAAAGUUCAUGAUAUUGACAGACAUCAAGAAAAAUGAAAUCUCUGUGGGUGUAGCUCUCCAGAAGGCAAACGCUUCACUUAGGAAGCAUCUUGUCAAAAAACUGUAUAAAUGCAACUGCUGGAAAUCUUGCUGAGUCAAGAUGAAAGAUGCUGUGCUAAAGCUUUCUUGUUCACUGUGUCAGCACUGAUUAAAGUGUCCUCUGGAUGGUAACCACUUUAGGCAAGCAGAAGAUAUCGAAAAUUGCAAGCAGGAUUGAGAUAACGUUUACCAUUCCUGUGGAAGAGAGACACAGACAAAUAGGUGAAUUUAUACUGAAAUACUGAUCUAUAUCAUACAGUAUGGAAAAAAAAAAUUAAGAAAAGUGAAUGCUUUCAAACACUUGCACUUCAAAGAUUAAAGUUCUGAUGCUCAACUUAGAAGCAUA